AUGAAGCUGUCAGUCUUGUUACUGACACUUAUUAUAGUUUCUGCAGUCAAAUCAGAAGAAGAGGAAGAAUUACUGAGGCGAGCAGCCGCCCAAUUGAAGCGGCUUUCAAGUUUUCGAAAGACACGAGAAGAUCUCCAAACACAUCUUCAAGAAGUUCCAAAGUUGGAACAAGUCCUUGAGGAUGCAACAAUUACAACAAGUCAAGAUGUAUUACAACGAAAGCAAAAAGGAGAUGAAGAUACUAUUAUAAAACCAAAUCAAAGGUUUCUCAUUAAUGCCGAUGCAAUGAGACGAAUCGAUGAGCUCGCGACGACUGCUUACAAGCUUUUUAAUGACCCUAAUUACAAAGCAAUGGCCCAAGAGAGAAUAAAAAGAUCAGGAAGUGGUGAUUUUGUAUCAGGAAUAGCUGGAAAAGUAAUAAAUGGAGUCGUUGGUGGAUCUGGUGGUUUAUCUAGUGGGUUAUCUGGUGGGUCAUCUGGUGGUCAUCAAGCUUAUGAUUCCUACGGAGCUCCAGUUCCAGCAUAUGAGGAGAAACCUUUAAGCAUUUGGGACUUUAAGAAAGCCAUUAUAAAUACUUUGAUUCAAGCAUUGAAAGCACUAGCUGGAGGAGCUAUUGCAUUUAAAGGACAUCUAAUCAAAGGUGGUGGUUUUCUCGUCCAAACUACAGGGCGUGUUAUAUCUUCUGCUGGAGAGGCAACUUCCUCUUUGGGAACACAAUUAGCAAGUAGUGCUAUUAUCAGUGCUCCAAAACCUGCUUACGACUCCUCUGGAUACUCCUACAAUCCACCACACGCCCAAGAUUAUACUUAUGAUGGUCCACCACCGAGUCCGGAUGCUGGGUAUACAGAACAAGAGUAUCAACAAGAAUAUCAACAAGAAUACCAACAAGAGCAUGAAUCACCAUCAGAAGACAACGCAGAAAAGGAGGCUGGACUACUUGUCAUCAAACCGAUGAAAAAUGUGGAGGUUCAUCACCAUUAUCAUCACAUAGAGGAUCCAUGUCAGCAUGAAGACCAAACGAAUCCAUCUGACCAUCAAUUGGGUGUAAUAACUUCAGGAGGAAAUCAAUUAAGCCACUCCCCAGGCUCUAAUCCCAUUACUAAACUCGUUGGUUUAGUAACUGGAACCUCGGUGCCUCUAAAGACUCAUCAAAGCACUGAGUAUUUACCAGUAGAACACAAAGAUCAGCCCAACACUAGUCUUCAAAAUGAUUCACCCCACGUGCUCAAUCAACCCUCAUUAACUGACUACAAUAAAUACAAUCAUCAUCAGCCAAAUGAACAACACACUUUACCUUCUAUUGAAAAUAAUAACUUGCAACAAAGUGUGAACUCAUAUUCUAAUCAACAAGUGUAUCCAGAGAUUCAAACAAUACUCAAUCCUCACUUAGGUUUACCUAUAAGUCCUGCUCAAAGCUUUAGAGGCCAAGAAUUAAAUUAUGGAGUUGAUGGAUCGUUAGAACCCCUGAAAAUUCCAAUUCUCGAUCAUCAAAAUGCACUUGAUACUUCAAACCUUAUUUCUGGUUUACCAUUUAGUUAUGGAGUUCCUAUGGAUAAUGGUUUCGAAACAAUUACUAACUACUAUGGUAAUUGGAAGCGAUCGAUGAUGAUUCCACUGUUGAGAAGAAAAAAUAUGAAAAGGAAUGCGAUGAGAAAAUUAGUUGACUAUAGAAAUAGAUAUCCCAGUUUGUAUAGGAAGCAUUGAUGUUUAUUGAUUGGAAAUUUAUUUCAUUAUUAUUUGCAAA